AUGGCUAACCAUAAUAAAACUUACUUCUUAGUAUCGUCAUGGGAUUUUCCCACAGGGUCCAUCUGCCUAGGAAGCCUUACAUCAAGCCCGGCUCAACCUCAUAUUACUUUGUAUAAGCCCAGCAAUGAGGACAUAGACACGCCGACGUUUCCGACCACGAAAGAUAAUUUCUCUGCCGUUGUCAAAUCAGAAAAAGGUCAUAAAAGCGGGCUGUUUUUCCGAUUCCUCGACUUGUUCGGCCUCGGCGCAGAAGCCAGUGUUCAAUAUGACCGGAAAGCUUUGUUGAAAUAUGCCUUUCAGCAGAUGCACACAGAGUGGUUCCUCCCAAGCGAUAAGCUAGUGGAGAAGGCAGUGCGUAGCAAGAAAGCAGCCAGCUACUAUAGGCGAACGGGAUAUGAGAGUCCACUCUACAUGAUUACUGGGUUAAAGAUUGUCGAGGGAGCCAGUGUGACGACAGUUAAAAACAAGGGAAGGGGCUUCAUGGCAUCUCUGGGAGUGGAUGUAGGACCUGUUUCUGUUGGUCCACAGACAAACCACAAUUCGCAGAACUCCGAGCUUCAAACUUUUAGUAACUCAACACCAAUUGUGUUUGCAUUUCAGCUCAUGGAAGUCCGAUGCGAUGCUAAUGGGAGCGUUGCUACUAAGGAGUACAACAAUGGUGCACUGUUUGGAUUGGUUUCGGAUAGUGGCUUGCCAGCCAUUGAAUUGGGAAAUACAUCAACUGAGCAAGUGACAUCCGAGGCGAUUCAGGCUAAAUUCGGCGAUGCAUUCCUCACCUUUGCUUCUAUGGAUGAGGAGGAUGGCUUGCCUUGUACUGUCAUUCUGCUCAACACAGACACAUCGAUAUAG